CGUUUUAGCCUCAAAUUCACGGGUCUUUAAUAUUGAAUUCCACAACUGUGACCUGACUGUACCUGCGUGAAAUCCUGUAUUUCCCGAUAAUAGGAUUUCUGUACUGCAGUACCGUACACUGAAUUCAGACGGAAAGAUUUAUGGAGAUAAUUUUAUGCGACGUGAAAAGUCGAAAUGACCUGAUGUUAAACCGUGUGCCAUUUGGUAGACACAAUUUCAAGCUAGUUCAACUGAAAUUGCUAAAGUUAUUGGAAAUGGCUAGCGUAUUUUUAAAUGGAUACAUUUGUACUCAACUACUCUAAAUCCCGGCUUCAGCCCGCCCUAUUUAGUUUGAAGUAAAGGUGGACGCUACCUUUGCGUGUCUCCACAAGCGUAGGCUGCUUUGCUGUUCGGAAGAAAAAAGAAGGAAGAGAAACCUUGCUAAAUUUGCUUUUAAUUUGAACUCCACGUCAUGGCAAACUCAGAGCUUUAUACGAAGCAUGCCCGUGUAUGGCUCCCGGACACCGUGAAAGUGUGGAAGUCAGCGAAGCUACUCAGAGAUUACACUCCUGGUGACCAGACAUUAUUUCUACUGCUGGACGAUGGCACCGAGGUGGAAUACAAAGUAGACCGCCGAACAAACAACCUUCCAGCACUAAGGAACCCCAACAUCCUGGUCGGGGAAAAUGACCUCACAGCUCUCAGCUACCUCAAUGAGCCGGCAGUCUUACACAACAUCAAAGUGCGCUUCAUCGACUCCAAGCUGAUUUACACGUACUGUGGCAUUGUUCUUGUUGCCGUGAAUCCUUAUGAGAAUUUGCCUAUCUAUGAGGCUGAUAUCAUCCAUGCCUACAGUGGGCAGAACAUGGCUGACAUGGACCCCCAUAUCUUUGCCGUGGCCGAAGAAGCGUACAAGCAGAUGGCCAGAGAUCAACAGAACCAGUCCAUAAUAGUGAGUGGUGAGUCAGGAGCCGGAAAAACCGUCUCUGCUAAGUAUGCCAUGCGUUACUUUGCUACAGUCAGCGGCGCCUCAAGUGAGGCUGAUAUUGAGGAGAGAGUCUUGGCCUCCAAUCCCAUCAUGGAGGCUCUUGGGAAUGCCAAAACAACAAGGAACGACAACAGCAGUCGCUUUGGGAAGUACAUUGAGAUUGGGUUUGAUAAGAAGCAUCGUAUCGUUGGGGCUCACAUGAGGACCUAUUUACUGGAAAAGUCAAGAGUUGUUUUUCAGGCCCAUGGUGAACGGAACUAUCACAUAUUUUAUCAGCUAUGUGCCUCCUCUCAUUUACCAGAGUUUAAAACCUUCAAAUUAGGUGAAGCAGAUGAUUUCCACUACAGUAACCAGGGUCACAAUCCAGUUAUUGAUGGAGUGGAUGAUGCCAAAGAUAUGUGGAACACAAGGAGAGCUUUUUCACAAUUAGGAAUCGGUGAAAGCAAUCAGAUGGAAAUGUUCCAGAUUCUGGCAGCUAUUCUUCAUCUUAGCAAUGUAGAAGUGAAAGAUCAUUCAGGGGACAGAAGCAGCAUUUUGCCAGACAAUGCCGACUUGGUGGUGUUCUGUGAGUUGAUGGGGGUGCACUGUGAAGAAAUGGCCCACUGGCUCUGCCACAGGAAACUCCAGACGACCACAGAAACAUACGUCAAGGGUGUCUCCAAGACCAAUGCGGUCAAUGGCAGAGACGCCCUUGCUAAGCACAUUUAUGCUAGACUCUUCAGAUGGAUUGUAGGCUGUAUAAAUAAUGUGCUCAAAUCAGCAGUUAAACAACACUCAUUCAUUGGCGUUCUGGACAUUUAUGGGUUUGAAACAUUUGAUAUCAAUAGCUUCGAGCAGUUUUGCAUAAACUAUGCCAAUGAGAAGCUCCAGCAGCAGUUCAACCUUCAUGUCUUCAAACUGGAGCAAGAAGAGUACAUGAAAGAGCAGAUUCCGUGGACCCUGAUCGACUUCUAUGACAACCAGCCAUGCAUCAAUCUCAUUGAGGCCAAGUUAGGCAUCCUGGACCUUCUGGAUGAAGAGUGCAAAAUGCCCAAAGGCUCUGAUGGCACAUGGUGUCAGAAAAUGUACAACACCCUGUUGAAGCAGAACGCUCACUUCGAUAAACCGAGGUUAUCGAAUCGAGCUUUCAUCAUCCACCACUUUGCAGACAAGGUGGAGUACCAUUGUGAUGGUUUCCUAGAGAAAAACAAGGACACAGUCAAUGAGGAGCAAAUACAUGUGUUACAAAAAAGCAAGUUUGAUUUCUUGCUGAAGCUGUUUGUGGGAAAUGAAAAGGCAACAAGUUCCACCAACAGAUCUACUACCAGCAUUACGGGAAGAUUUGGUCUGUCACAGAGAGGUAAUAAGAAGACUGUGGGACUGCAGUUUCGACACUCUCUACACUUGCUGAUGGACACGCUUAAUGCUACGACUCCUCACUAUGUACGGUGCAUUAAACCAAAUGACCAUAAAGUGCCAUUCAGCUUGGACCCUUUGAGGGCAGUGCAGCAGUUGCGAGCAUGUGGGAUCCUGGAAACAAUCCGAAUCUCGGCAGCUGGAUUCCCAUCAAGAUGGACCUAUCAGGAAUUCUUUUGUCGUUACCGGGUCCUUAUGAAACAAAAGGAUGUGCUUCCUGAUGGAAAACUGACCUGCCAAAAUCUCCUAAAAAAGCUCAUCCGGGACCAGAACCUGUAUCAAUUUGGUAAAAACAAGAUCUUCUUCAGAGCUGGCCAGGUGGCGUACUUGGAAAAGCUGCGUUCUGAGCAGCUACGAAGGGCUUGUGUCAGCAUCCAGAAGACUAUUCGAUGCUGGCUGGCACGUAAAAAAUAUCUGAGGAUGAAGCAAUCUGCCAUCACCCUUCAAAAACAUGUGCGGGGUCACCAGGCACGCUGUUAUGUUCAUUUUCUGCGGAGAACAAAAGCAGCUGUUGUCAUUCAGCGUAAUGUUCGAAUGUGGGCGGCCAGAAUACACUACCAAAAGCUGCGCUCUGCAUCUGUUGUCAUUCAGUGCUUCUUCAGGGCGUAUGUAGCCAGAAAGCUGUACUAUAAGAUUUUGUAUGAAGAGAAGGCUUUGGUCAUCCAAAAGUGGGUGAAAGGCUGGCUGGCCAGGCAGCAUUAUCAACGCACUCGAGCAAACAUCAUACUGCUGCAGUCCUGUGUGCGUCGCGUACUGGCCAAGAGGGAGUUAAAGCAGCUCAAAGUUGAGGCACGCUCUGUGGAGCAUUUUAAAAAUCUCAGUGUUGGCAUGGAGAACAAAAUUAUGCAGUUGCAACUCAAGAUAGAAGAGCAGCACAAAGACGUCAGAGAGCUCAAUGAGAGAUUGAAUGCCGCGGCGAAGACCCAAGAUAUAGAGAGAGAGCGACACUGCAAAGAGUUAGAAAACCUUCAGAGAUCAGAGAAGAAGACCAGAACCAAGGCAGAAGCGCUCCCCUCACUAAUGGAGCAGCUCUCCUUCCUUCAGCAGGAGCUGGAGAACACCCGUAAUCAAAAAGAAGUCCUGGAGGAUCAGAACAACGUUUACAAGGAGCAGACACAACAGGUGGUAGAGGAGCUAAAUAUGAAGAACAGCUUGCUGAAUGAUGAAAAGGAUAACCUUAACAAGCUCAUCCUGGAACAAAAACAACAGAUAACAGAGAUUAAAGCCCAGGUGGAAAACACAGAAAAACUACAGAAAGAGUUAAUUGAAGAGCGCUCCCGGUACCAAAGCCUACUAUGUGAGCACCUACAUCUACAAGAGCUUCAUAAAGACCUGAAGGAGGAACUGGAACUCAGACUGAGUCCAAGCAAGAGGUCAGAAUCCAACUACACCAGUAACUCCUCUGAAUGUAGUCCAAUGAUUGCCUCUACUAAUGGACAGGACAGUUCACUGGACAAAGUGACAGUUUACGCCCUGAUGGAAUUGACCAAGCGGCCAUUCUUUGACACACUACCUAACAAGGAGACCCCCUCCACUGUUGACCUGCCACUCAUUCUCAAGCUCCAGAGAAGAGUGAGAGAAGUAGAGAAGGACAAACAGUCGCUACAGCGGCAGUUAGAUGAGAAGGAAGCCCAAGAGGAAGAAGCCAAGGACAUGGAGGAGGAGAUAAGUGUCGGCAGAGCAGAACUGGAUUUGGAAACGCUUAAGCGUCAAGAGCUGGCGUCUGAGAAUAAGAAGUUGAAGCAGGACUUGAGUGAAUUGCGCAAGUCUCUAACCAAUGAGAACAGCGAGCUGAUGCCCCCUCCUGUGGGCUCCACGACAUACAAUGUACUGCUGGAACAACUCAACUCUUCUAACGAGGAGCUGGACAUGCGAAAAGAGGAAGUGCUUCUUCUACAGUCGCACAUAGUCCGCCAAGAAGCUAUGAAAUACAAGGACGCUGCACUUGCAGAGGGUGUGAGUUUAGACCUUAGUGAUGUUCCCUCAUUUCAAGAUGUUGACAGGUCCACUGACAUCCAUACGUUGAAUGAGGAUGGAGAGCUGUGGCUGGCUUACGAAGGCUUGAAGGAGACCAACAGGGUACUGGAGUGCCAGAUGCAGACGCUGGAGAUGCAGCACAGUGCAAGGUAUGAGAAACUGCUGGAGGAGGUGAACAUGCUGAAGGAGGAAAAGGAGCAGCAGCAGAAGCUGUUGGCUCAGACUUUGCAACUGCCUGAAGAUGCUCGGAUCGAAGUGGGUCUGGAGCUCGAAAUUACUCGGCUCACUCAAGAAAAUCUGGAGCUCAUGGAGCAACAGGACAAACAAGACAAGACAAUUGUCAAUUUGAAAAAUGACCUUCAACUGUACAUGAAAAGAGUGGAAGAGUUUCAAGCUCAUCAAAGGAAAACAUCCAUUGGGACAAAUUCUCCUGCGAAAGGAGCGAGUAUUCCUCGCAAGGAGAGGGAGUACCAGGGAAUGUUGGAGUACAAAGAGGGUGAAGAAAGCCACCUGGUAAAAUGUCUGGUUUUAGAUCUGAAGGCCCGAGGAGUCGCUGUCAGGUUCCUUCCUGGCCUUCCUGCUUACAUAAUUUUCAUGUGCCUGCGAUACGCUGACAGAGUUAACGACGAUCAGAGAGCUAGCACGCUGCUCAAUUCGGUGCUCUGCAGCAUCAAAGGAGUCGUUAAGAGGAGAGGAAAAGAUUUUGACGUGUCGUCUUUCUGGUUAUCCAACACAUGUCGACUACUUCACUGUCUAAAACAGUAUAGCGGAGACGAAACGUUCAAGACGCACAACACUGUGAAGCAGAACGAGCAUUGCUUGACCAACUUUGAACUGACGGAGUACCAGAAUGUUUUUGCUGACCUAGCUGUCCAAAUUUACCGCCAGCUCAUUAAAAGCAUGGAGGACACCUUGCAGCCCCUCAUCGUGUCAAGCAUGUUGGAGCAUGAGACAAUCCAGGGGGUCCUGGGCUCCAAACCAACAGGUCUGAGGAAAAGGAGCUCUAAUUCCCCAGAGGAAGAUGCUGUUACGGUGGAAGUCCUCCUGCAGCAGCUUGGGCUCUGGCACACCACCAUGACUAAGCACGGGAUGGACUCUGGACUCAUUAAACAGGUGGUUCGGCAGCAGUUUUACAUCAUAUGUGCUGUCACCCUGAACCACCUGCUGCUCAGGAAGGACAUGUGCUCAUGGAGCAAAGGGCUGCAGAUCAGGUACAAUGUGUGGCAGUUGGAGGAGUGGCUAGUGGAGAUGGAGCUGACUGAUUGCGGUGCCAAGGAAAUGUUGGAACCUCUCAUACAGGCCGCACAGCUUUUGCAGGUCAAGAAGAAGACUGAGGCCGACGCUCAGGCUAUUUGCAGCAUGUGCACGGGCCUCACGACUGCACAGAUUGUUAAAGUGUUGACCCUCUACACGCCGGUGAUUGAGUUUGAAGAGCGCGUGACCACCACUUUCAUUGCGACCAUUAAAAACAUCUUGAAAGACAGAGAGGAGUCGUCCACGCUGAUGAUGGAUGCCAAGAAAAUCUUUUCUGUAACGAUUGCCUUCUCGCCCUCCUCUGUGGCGCUGGAGACCAUACAGAUCCCUGCUAGCCUAAAUCUGAACUUCCUCAACCGUAUCUAGAACCAGCCUUUUACGCACGCACAAGCACU